AUGGCAAAAAUGUACAUGAAAUCGAAGGAGAUAGUAGAGCUGGUCAACACGCAAUCCUGGAUGGACAAAGGUCUGAGUUCUCAAAAUGAGAUGAAGGAACAGGAGAGAAGAUCAGGCUCUUAUGGGAUGCUUGGAACCUUAACUGAAGAGCAUGACAGUAUUGAAGAAGAGGAAGAAGAGGAAGGUGAUGGAGAGAAACCUAAAAGAAGAGGUCCCAAGAAAAAGAAGAUGACCAAAGCACGCCUGGAGAGGUUCAGGGCCCGAAGAGUCAAGGCCAAUGCUAGGGAGCGGACCCGGAUGCAUGGCCUGAAUGAUGCCUUGGAUAACCUUAGAAGAGUCAUGCCAUGCUACUCUAAAACCCAAAAACUUUCCAAGAUAGAGACUCUUCGACUAGCAAGGAACUAUAUCUGGGCCUUGUCUGAAGUCCUGGAGACUGGCCAGACACUUGAAGGCAAGGGAUUUGUGGAGAUGCUCUGUAAAGGGCUCUCUCAGCCCACAAGCAACCUGGUCGCUGGAUGCCUCCAACUGGGACCUCAGUCUGCCCUCUUGGAGAAGCAUGAGGAAAAAUCUCCAAUUUGUGACUCUACUGUCUCUGUCCACAGCUUCAACUAUCAGUCUCCAGGGCUCCCCAGCCCUCCUUAUGGCCAUAUGGAAACACAUCUUCUCCAUCUCAAGCCUCAACCAUUUAAGAGUUUGGAAGACUCUUCUUUUGGGAGCCAUCCACCUGAUUGCAGUACCCCACCUUAUGAGGGUCCACUCACACCACCACUGAGCAUCAGUGGCAACUUCUCCUUGAAGCAAGGUGGCUCCCCUGACUUGGAAAAAUCCUACAGCUUCAUGCCACAUUAUACCUCCGCAAGUCUAAGUUCAGGGCAUGCACAUUCUACUCCCUUUCAGGCUGGCACUUCACGCUAUGAUGUUCCUAUAGACAUGACCUAUGAUUCUUACCCCAACCAUGGUAUUGGAACUCAGCUCAAUACUAUCUUCACUGAUUAG